UAUCUUCUUUAGCCUGGAAUAGCAGUCCCUCUCAUUAUCCUCCUCAAUCUCCGAUCACCAAAACUUUUCAAGUGAUUUUCUUUUAUCUCCUUGAAUUAUUCUACCAGAAAUUAAGCUCCCCUUCUCUUCCAAAGAAAAUGGCAAGUGUCAGGCAUCAAAACUUUGAAUCCAAUUUUAGCCACUUCAGCCAUGUCCACUCUCUCAAGCUAGCAACUAAGUUGUUAGCCCCAGUAUGUUUCUUUUCUGUCAUAUUUUCUUAUUCUUCUCUGCUUCCUUUCAUAUCCAACUUCAUGCAAUUCCCUAGCUUCAAUAUUGACAAGAACUACGUGUUCCUCCUCUGCAAUGGCAUUCUAGUUUUGAUUGUCAAGAACUCUGUUCUCAAAAUCAGCGAUUCUCAUCUAGACAGCAGUGCCAACCUCUAUGGAGAACAGAACAUGAAGAGCGGAUACAGUCCGCAUAAACUAGUUGAAGUAUCAGAGAUCACGAAGCCAGCAUUGGUCGCAGAGGAAAAGGUUGUCGUGGAAGUGGAAGAAGUACGAGAAGAUGAACAAGGAGGUCAUGGGAUCAUUGUUGUUUAUGAAGAUGAAGAGGAAGAGGAAGAGGAAGUAAUUGGGUUGCUUAGUACAGAGGAAUUGAACAAGAAAUGUGAUGAUUUUAUAAGAAAGAUGAAAGACGACAUCAAAUUUGAAGCUCAACAACUUAUCAUGGUUCGAUAUUAAUCAUGGUUGAAACAUAAAAGAACUAAAGACUUCCUAGCUAUAUGAUGCCUAUGACUAGUCUGUUUUUCAUUUUCUUUGCAUAAUUUCUUAUCUCCCUAACUUCGAUUUUCUCCGGAAAUCUCCUGCUCGGCAGUCUAUAGUUUCCGGUAGGUUAAUUUUACUGCUGAGACGUGCUCAAUUCAAAAGCACUAGGCUUGUUAGCCAUUGUUUACUGCUUUCUUCUUCCAAUAUAAUCAGUUCUAUUAUUUUUC